UCGCAGGGUGGGCCAAUGAGCGAAUUCCAUAACAAAAGGAAGACCAAUCGGAUGUUCGAUACUAAGAUACGUAGAAAGAUAAAGAAAAUUCAACCCAAUAAAUCCAUCUUCUAUUGUGCGACAAAUUGUGACAUAUUUUCAAAGAGAUUCAUGUCACAUUGGUCGAACGUAUGCCCAUUCGAUGAAGGAGUAAAAAUCGACCCAGACCCCUUUGCACACGAUAAGACUGGUGCUUUCAAAAUUGGAUUGAAUGGCACCUGUGACGCAGUCGUCCUAUGUAUCAGAUCCCAGUAAACUUGAUCUCGAUUUGACUAGACUGCCCAAAUUGGUGGUUCCUAAGAGAUAUGAGCUCAAGAUUGAUGCCUACCCGGACAAGUGUCAGUAUUCGGGGACGGUGAACAUCCGGGUGUUCUUUAAUGGCCAGGGGAUAUCAAUAGUCUGGCUUCAUUCUGUUCGUCUGACCAUUCAAGAGGCAUCCAUCCGAUUCUCAUCUUUUUCGUUACCUGUGAAGGCCUCCGAGAUCAUCAGUGUUCCCAGUAAGGAAUGCAUUGGAAUCAAAUUCAGCUGCCCAAUUGAAAAUGGGGAGCGGGCCUGGCUUUCUAUCCGAUUCAAGGGAAAGAUAUCCAAUGGAUUGGAAGGAUUCUUUUCCAAUCCUUAUGUCAACAAGCAAGGCGAGAAAUGUCUGGGGGCUGCCACCAUGUUCGCUGCCACGGAAGCUCGGACUUGUUUCCCGUGUUUUGACGAGCCGGAAUUCAAGGCCGUUUUUGCCUUGGAGAUCACAGUCGCGCCACACCUCACCACUAUUUCCAAUAUGCCCAUCAUGGAUACGAAGACGGAAAGAUUGAAAAACGGACAAGUCAGAAAAACGGAUUACUUUGAGUGGACCAGGGAGAUGUCCACCUACCUAGUCUGCUUUGUCAUAGGGGAGUAUGAAUACUUGGAGACCAAGACCAGGGACGGGAGAGUGGUGGUUAGAGUAUACACGCCGUGGGGUCAACGAGAGCAAGGCCGUUUCGGAUUAGAUGUUGGGAGGAAGAGCCUGGAAUUUUUCAAUGAUUACUUCGGUCGACGAUACCCCUUGCCCAAGAUGGAUCUAGUCGCUCUAAGUCGGCUGAGUGUUGGAGCCAUGGAGAAUUGGGGCGUCAUCACAUGCCGAGAAACGGGCCUCAUCACCGAUUUGGACAAAGCCAAUCCGGCCACCUUACAAAGCAUUGCCACAUUAAUUGCACACGAAAUCAGCCAUCAAUGGUUUGGAAAUCUCGUGACCAUGAAGUGGUGGGACGGACUCUACCUGAAUGAGGGCUUUGCCACCCUCAUGCAGUAUAUGUGCAUCGACUCCAUCUACCCGGAGUUCCGAGUGUUCGACAGAUUUUGCUCGGACACCGUGAUCCCGGCCUUGGGUAUGGAUGCGUUGCAACACUCCCAUCCGAUUGAGAUGCCCCUGGAGAACACGUCGGGAAUAUCGCAAAUGUUUGACAAGAUCACGUAUUGCAAAGGGGCUUCGGUCAUGUUCAUGCUUCAUGAAUUUAUUGGAGCAGAUAACUUCAAGAAUGCCAUUCAAGAAUACAUGCACCAAUUCAGCUAUGACAACGCUACCACUGAGGAUCUCUGGCACUAUUUGUCGGUCGCCAGUGGCAAGAACGUGGACGAAAUCAUGCUGCCUUGGAUCCGUGAACUUGGUUUCCCCUUGGUUCAAGUCCAAUACAAGUUCCGGGACGGCGCAGCCUUUCUUGAGCUCUUUCAAGAACGAUUUGCAGGCACUAGCCAUCAUCUCAGACCCACGAUAUGGUCCAUUCCUUUAAAAGGAGUCUAUGUCAACAAUAGGAAUGAGUUGGUGACGUUCGAAGUUCUCUUUGACAAGUCUUCCAUUGAGAUCCAAUUGAAGGAUUUUGACGUCACAGAUCCAAAAUGUUGGGUCAAACUGAACCCACGGCUUUCUGGAUUCUAUCGUGUCCAGUACGGUGAGACUCUCUUUAAGAAGAUCUCGGAUAAUCUAAGCAACGAGCAUUUAACUGCCAUCGAUCGCAUGUCCAUAUUUGAGGACCAAGUGGCCAUGGUUUUAUCUGAGGGUGGAAGUUCCAUCCGAGUCCUACAAAUGGUGGCAAUCUUCAAGGACUUUGAAACGAACGCCAUGGUUUGGAAGUCGGUUUGUCGGAUCUUGCAACAAUUUCGGACUCUGACCUGGUCCAAUGAAGAUUUGGCUAAUUCCUUUGAAGAGUUCUGCUUGCAAACCCUCCGUCCCGUUCUCGAUAACUUGGGCUACCACGUUAAAUCCAACGAGACUCACAAUGACACUCUUCUAAGAAGCGUACUAUUCACCCGCUUAGCUGAUCUAGGCGACCAGAAUGUUCAAGCCUUGGCCAAAGACAUGUUCCAGCAACACAUUGACGAGACUUUUCUCAUUCCCCGUGGCAUGAAGGAAGCCGUGUUUCGAGCCGUCAUGGAGACUGCCACUCAAACCACAUUUCAACAAAUGUUAAUGCUUUACCGAAAUUAUGAAUUAGCUGAAGAUCGAGUCGGCGUUCUACACGCUCUAGGAUGUGCCCAAGAUCCCAACAUAUUGUCUCAGGCUUUAAACUUUGCCGUCUCACCCGAGGUUCAACCUCAAGAAUCCAUCACUGUCCUCAUAGCCGCUUCCAGCACACGUCAUGGUCACAAAAUGAUGUGGCAGUUUUUCACUUUAAAUCUGGACGUCAUCCUUGAAAGGUACCUGGGAGGGCUCUUCUUGUUGGGCAAACUUUUACGAUCUGUUUGCGAGUGCUUUACUGACCACGAUAGCUUUAGAGAAGUUGAAGCCUUCUUUGCCCAAAACAUGUACAAGUUUCAAGGCGAAGAGCACUUGGUGGAACAAGCCAGAGAACAUGUGGAAUUAAAUGUUCAUUGGCGAGACAAGGACUCGGCCAAUGUACAAUAUUUUCUGGAAAGCUAUUUCAAUGCAUAAUGAGAUGAAAAAGCAUACUUCCACAGACCACAGUGCCUUCACCCGAAACUCAAGUUGAUAUCAAAGAGCCAUACAUACGUACGUAAUAGAUUGUACAAUAUUAGCAAAGUUGGUCUUUUGCCAAUACUCCAUACGUAGAAGCAUCCCAACAAACGUAAUCUUCUUUACCCUUAACAAAGACGAAAAUUAUAUAUUUUAGCUUCUUGCAACCUUGCCGAUUUUUUUUCCUUUAUCAUUCAAGGAAGAAAAGAACAGAGGCAGCACAACAUUAUUACUUCAUUCUAAUAUUGGAGAGGAUAUUCCUAUCAAUUUCUGAUCAUUGUAGGUGUGUUUUUUUCAUAAUGCACGAAAUGCCAUCUGGUGUUUGGUCAGUUAAGACUUAAAAUACAAAAUAACUCAUCAGUGA